AUGUCUCAACAACAACAGCCAACUCAAGAAGACGAAGAAGAGGAGCUGGUUUUUAAUAUAGAAGAUGUCCAAAAGAUAGUAAGGGAUACUAUCGAAUUAUGCCUUGGAGGAAAUACCUAUAGUCAUAGCAGAACACCACAAUGGAUUUCUUUGAUUACUGACAAAACACUUACGAGACUCAAUAAAUUAAACAAACCUUUCAAAUAUAUUUUGAGAAUAACGAUAACACAGAAAAACGGUUCGGCGCUGCAUACGGCAGCUGCGUACUUUUGGGAUACCCUCACUGACGGCACUUGCACCGUACGCUGGGAAAACAAGUUCAUGUAUUGCAUCGUCAGUGUAUGGGGACUUGCCUUACAGAUAUAA